GUUACAAUUAUGAUUAUUUUUCUUCCUCGACUGUAAAUUUAGCGGGACCGCUGCCCGAUACAUUGCCGAUUAACGUGAAUACAACUGUACUUCUGCUUGUCGGAGGUCGAUGCAUGGACAUGGUGCCAACUCUUCUGCGAAGAAAGCAACUACAGAGGAGAGUGACUCGUACAGCAUGUUUGAAAUUAAUUAGCAGUUUCACCUGCAUAGACUUAACUCAGAUAAAGCAGAAAUGAGGUGAUCCUGGUCUCUUGUCGCUUGACACGUGGUUCACAAUGAAGUACAAACAGCGCUUAGUGCUGAUGACAGUGGCGUCCGUGACGAUCGUGAUUGUGGCGCUCUACAAACUCUCACAGAAAGAAAAUGUGACGGAAAUGAUAGUUAACCUUCCAAACUUCCGGUUUGCCGGGCUAGGCGGUGCCCUUAAGUUUACGGGAACCUGUGCCGACACAACCAUGACAUCGGACUGGACGGUAGAGGAAAUUUAUGAUGACAUGAACUUUACAACGAAUCCCAGAAAAGAAGGAGGGUUGUAUGUUCUUCACGAGAAGAACGAAAAAUACAAGAGGAAUCUCAAAAGUGGUAAGGAACCCCUGCAGAUAAUCGUGGUCCCCCACUCACAUAACGACCCGGGGUGGUUAUGGACACUGGAAACGUAUUACACUGUAAGAACAAGAAGUAUCCUAACAAACACUGUUCUGUUUCUAGAGAAAUUCCCAGACUUUAGAAUGAUUUGGUCAGAGACUGUAUUUCUAGAUAUAUGGUGGAAGGAGAGUCCCACUGAUAUGCAGAAUAAGUUUAAAGACCUCGUUAAACAAGGCAGGAUAGAAAUUCUGUCUGGGGGUUGGGUAUCGGUAGACGAGGCCACAACUCACUACAGUGCGGUUAUCGAUCAGCUGAUAGAAGGUCAUCUAUGGAUUAAAGAGAUUUUGGGAGUCACCCCAAAUAUCAGUUGGUCUAUUGAUCCGUUCGGUUAUUCUACAAGUUUACCUUAUUUGUGGUAUAAGUCUGGUAUGCCAGACAUGACCAUAUUACGUCUUCAUGGUGCACUUAAGCAAUACAUGGGUCACCGUCAUAUUAUGACAUUCAAUUGGCGCCAGCCUUGGGAUAUGGCGGGAAAAAAUGACAUACAGUGUCACGUGGAACCUUACACGCUGUACGGCAUAGAGUAUAGCUGUGGGCCUGACCAGGAGGUAUGUGCUGUGAUGGACUUCGGUCGUCGGGCUGGCCUUCCCGAUGAUAAGGAACAACCGAUUCCUAUUGGCAAUAACAAUAGACAAGCCAGAAACCUUCACGAGUAUGCAACAAUGGUCGCUGAACAGUACCGUCAUAAGGCGGACCAAUAUAAACAUAAUGUACUGCUCAUGCCGCACGGAGACGAUUUCAGAUAUAUUAUGGAUUACGAAUUCGAGACAAACUACGUUAAUAUGAAGAAAUUGAUGGAUCAUAUAAAUUCCAGAAAAGAAUUGAACAUUCAAAUGCGUUUUGGAACUGUGGGUGAUUAUUUUAACGAGUUGCACAAAAGUAUCGCUAAAUCGGGUGAGCCAGAUAGUUCUUUAAGUGGAGACUUUUUCACUUACACGGACCGCGAUGAUGAGUAUUGGAGUGGAUACUUUACAUCGAGACCGUUUGAUAAACGGAUGAUAAGAUAUCUCUUAGAAGUAUUAAAAACUGCGGAGAUGUUGACUACAUUUUCUGUUUACCGCGCACAACAACAAGGCUAUAACUUUAAAAAUGUUCAGAAGGUAUUGAGAGAUCUGCAGGAGGCUAGACGCACCCACGGCUUAGUGCAGCAUCAUGACGCCAUCACAGGAACUUCUGCGCACCCAACAGUUGUGGAUUUUGAGAACAGAAUCACAGCUGCCAUUACUUUGUUACAGGGUGUUAUUUCAAGAGACAUCGAGAGCUUGUUGCUAAAAGAGGCUGCAAACACAAAUAUCAAUAUUGUGCCAAUCCAUGUCCAACCCAAACCUGACGCCCCUCUGGAGAGGCGCGUUAUAGCUGUAUCCGAGUCAGGGACCCAGGUUAUCUUCACCAACUCGUACACACAGCGGCGCAAGGACUACGUUAACCUUAUCGUUAACUCUAUGAUGAUCCAAGUUCUAGAUCAGCAUGGCGAAGAAGUACAAGUGCAGAUCAAUCCCUGCUGGGAGAGUCAAAAAAGUAUAGCCAAAGCAAUCUUUGAAGUUGUAUUUCCAGUUGAAAUACCUGCAAUGUCGUUCAUAAUAUUUGUUUUCAAACGAUCACAAAAGAGCAAACCUCAGUAUUCAACAGUUAGCAUUCUGAAUGGAAAAGCAAAUUCUCCAUUACAAAAUGUUUUCAACCCAACAGCAUUAAAUUUAGAUCAGAACGAAUUUACGGUGGAUACUCAAAAGUUAAAAGUCACGUUUUCGGACAAAGGGAUGCUAAAAUCUGUGUGUCGAAAGAAAGGAGGACAGGUGAGCUGUACCGACAUUAGAGUUGGUUGGCAUUGGUAUCAGGGGGUGAAUAGCAAUGCUUACUGUUUUGGGACUGAUGGAACAGUGACGAAAUUGUUCGAAAAGAAUGUUUUUGUGAGGGUAAUAUCAGGGAAAUAUAGUACCACGGUGAUUAUCAACCAUGCUUUGUUGCAGCACACCACGACUAUAUACAACACUAGCGACCUUCACGGAAACUAUGUGUACAUAGAAAACGUGGCGACAUUGCUGCUGGCAGAAGACAGAGAUAAGGAACUAUUUAUGGAGCUACAAACUUCUGUCAGAAAUCCUAAUAUGCAGUUUUAUACCGACUCCAAUUCGUUUCAGCUGAUUAGCAGACAAACCCGAAAUAAUUAUCCCAUGGCCGCCAACUUAUUUCCAAUAACCUCUAUGGCGGUCAUGCAGGAUUCUAAAUCGAGGCUGACAGUACAUGUGGCCCAACCUUUGGGAGUAGGAAGCUUUAAAUCCGGUUCCUUGGAGUUUUUAAUUGAUCGUGUUCCAACCUCCUCUGGUAAAGGUCUAGAGGAGCCUGUCACAGACAAUAAACCAACUGUUAGUAAAUUUAUAUUACAUAUAGAGGACUUCAACACGGAGUCUGAGAUGGUCCAAAAUCACCGGAAGAGGAUGGCUCACCCUUCGACAGAAAGCUUCCUCAUCAACGAUUACCUACAACACCCUCUUAUUCCGUUUGUUGCAAGUCGGAAAUACGAUUUGACGGAAUUAAGAAUUUUAAAGUCAAGCUUACCAUGUGACAUGGUCAUAGCUAAUUUAAAAACUUUUAUUUCUGAACAACAAGAACUACUAGGUACUGGUUUGACACUACAUCAACGCCAAACGUCGUGUAAGAUAGCGAGUGACAGUUUACCGUGUUCCCCUGGAAGUUCUAAACUCAAGUUAUUUGAUCUCUUUACAGACCUCAAAGUGAAGGACAUUACAAAAAUGUCAUUGACAUAUUUACAUGAGAAAGAGAAACUCUCGCAGACAUCUGAAGUGACUAUUGAUAGUAUGGAAAUAGAGUCUUAUAAAAUUCAUUGGUCAUGAUAGUGGCUCUCAUAUACAGUGCCUGUUUUAUAUUUUCUUGUAUAUACAUCUGUUCAUAAUAUUCGCCUUUUAAUUUAUUUCAUAAGUAUGUUCAUUUUUCAUUGAAUGUACAUUCCUUAUUUCGUUUUAUACAUGCACUUGUUAAUAAAGGUAUAGUUGCUA